AUGGCUAGACUUCAUAGGAGAUUGAGAAAGUCUACCAUCAGUAGAGCGGUUUUAACAGAAGAUGGGAUUCUUAUCCGAUCCCAGGGGAUAGAUCAUAAUCAUAACCAUAACCAUGUUCAUACUCAUACUCAUUAUAAUGACACUAAUGAAGUUAGAUUUGAUAAGAAAAGUGAGAAAGCUGAGCGAUCUAAAAAAAUUAACUUUACGACAGAUUCAGUUGAUGAUUUGUCAUCCGAAGCUGUAUUAGAACGGCCUCCAACGAUUACAAGAUUAAAUGAAACAAAUGGAUUAUACAAUUAUAAUAAUGAAGGAUCUGAUUCUGAGGCUGACAGAGAUUUGCCCUCCUUUCUCGAGGAAGAGGAAGAGGAAGAGGAAGAGGAAGAGGAAGAAGAAGAAGAGGAUAUAGAUGGUACUAAUCACCGUACGAAGCAUACGGAGGAUGGUGCUGGUAGAGGAUCUAGUGUAGAUGAAGAUGAGACUGAAACAGGCAUACAGAAUAUGGGUACAGAAGAGGAUGAUGAAGAUAAUGAAUUUUUCAUCGGAGAUGAAUUUGGUUCACCAUUUUAUAAAACGGAUCAAAGCAAUAGUACUUUUUUUGAAACAGUUUCAUUGAUCAGUUGUGUCACUUGCCUAAGUGAUUCCUAUUCAACAACCUCUACAGUUAUAAAUAGCCCGACAUCAUCCAGAGGUACUACAGCCAAUACAACAAGUAGCAAUAUAAAUGUUAAUAGAUCACCAUCAUUUAGAGAUUCAACACAAACGAAUAACUCACACCAUUCAAACCAUUAUUCUUCUGUAAAUGGUCAAUUUCCUGUGAAUACAGUAAUACCCUACUCCAGAAUUUUAUCGGCUCGUUACGUAUCACCAAUGCAUUCAAAUUCACAAGAGAAUAUUAGUGCGGAUAAAGAUAAAAAUAUGGACAUUAAAGAUAAUUCUAGUAAUAAGUCAGAUCGUGAUGCUACAAUUGAUAUAGUUAGCAAUGAUAAGGAUAAUAAAAAUAUUCAAGAUAGUAAAAUCAUAAACCUUAAAAAUAGUAUCAGAUACAGUAGUAUUUGUAAGGUAAAUUCUAAUUCUAAGGAUACUUCUAUCACUACCACUACUACUUCUACUACUGACGAUGAUAAUAACGAUGAUGAUAAUGAUGAUUAUAAUAACGAUAAUACUAUUGAUCUACCAAAUAAUACUAAUAAUGAUAAUGAUAAUAUUAAAAAUAUUAAUUGCAUUGAUAAAAAUAAUAGCAUACCAAUCAAUAAUACCAUAGAUAGCAAAAACAAUAACAUUAGCCGUACUACUACUUCUAAAGGCACCAAUACCAAUAUCCCUAGAAAUACUGCAAUUUUCAAUAAUUCAAUAGAUAGUACAUUAAGCGAUGCUGCUUCAACAAAUAAUAUGGAUACAACUUUCGAUUCAAAUCACCCUGAUGCUAGCCUGCCGCAAACAAAUCAUUAUAUUGAAAUAUCAUUUGCAAAACCAAGGAGACAUGAUGUAGUACCAAAGAGGCUCAGCUUAUGUAUAGAGAACUACCCACAUUCUUUAAAAUCAAUUAAAACAUUAUCAAGCUUUGAGUCUUCUUCAGAUAUAGAUGAAAUCUUAAGAUCAUCGUUCUCCUAUAAGAGCUCUAAUAGCAUUUAUUCGAGCUUUUGUAAUGAUACGGAUAAAAAAGAUUCUCCAAAUGACGAUAUAAUUGAAGAAAUAUUAUCAAGAAGUUACAAGAAUUCGAAAAGAAAUAGGUCGAUUCUAGUUAUUAUAAAUCAAUUCGGUGGUAAAGGUAAGGCAAAAAAAAUGUUCAUUACAAAAGCAAAGCCAAUAUUACUUGCUAGUGGCUGUAAAAUCGAUGUCACUUAUACUAGAUAUGCUCGCCACGCCAUUGACAUUGGUAAACAUUUGGAUAUCGAUAAGUAUGAUACAAUUUUAUGUGCUUCUGGUGAUGGAAUUCCAUAUGAAAUCAUUAAUGGUCUUUACCAAAGACCAGAUCGUGCAAAAGCUUUUGAAAAAUUAGCCAUCACUGAACUGCCUUGUGGAUCUGGUAAUGCAAUGAGCGUAUCAUGUUUUUGGACAAAUAAUCCCUCGUAUGCCGCAUUGUCAUUAGUUAAGUCAAUUGAAAAAAGAAUUGAUUUAAUGUGUGUUUCACAACCAAAUUAUCCUCCAAGAUUAUCUUUCUUAUCACAAACAUACGGCGUUAUUGCUGAAUCAGAUAUCAACACUGAAUUCAUUAGAUGGUUAGGCUCUGCAAGAUUUGAACUGGGAGUUGCAUUUAAUGUGUUACAAAGAAAAAAAUAUCCUUGUGAGCUAUAUGUAAAAUAUGUCGCACAGUCGAAAAAUGAUUUGAAGAAUUUUUAUUUAAAUCAUAAGAAUAACGAGCAACAGUUUGAUUUGGAUGGUAAUUAUAUAUUUCAUGAGGAUCAUAAAAACUCUCAAAUAACCGAGGAAAGCUUUGAUAUUAAAUAUUCAUAUGACGAUGAACUACCAGAUGAUUGGGUAAGAAUUGACAAAGAUUUAACAAAAAAUUUGGGUAUCUUUUAUGCCGGCGAAAUGCCCUACAUUGCUGCUGAUACUAAAUUUUUUCCUGCUGCUUUGCCUUCUGAUGGAGCAAUUGAUAUGGUUUUAACUGAUGCAAGGACACCGGUUACAAGAAUGGUCCCCAUUCUGUUAGCACUGGAUAAAGGUUCACAUGUGUUACAACCGGAAGUUUUACAUUCAAAAAUUUCAGCUUAUAAAUUAGUUCCAAAACUUUCUAAUACAGUUGUCUCCGUUGAUGGUGAAAAGUUUCCAUUAGAGCCAAUGAUUGUUGAAGUGAUGCCCAAGAUUUGUAAGACUUUAUUACGUAAUGGUAGCUAUGUUGAGACAGAAUUUGAAACUAUGUGA